AUGCAGAAGACGUCGCCGGAGCAGCUCUCCCCAUCUUGGCUCGCGGCAGAAAGAGGCGGAGACGGGCGCGGCCCCAUGGGCCCCCGGAAGAUCCGCAAAGGUCGGGCGACAGGGGCCGCGACGACCGAUUGGUCUCGCCCGGGCCACCAGCAGCUGCAAAGGCUGGCCCCCGAGGGCGGCGCAAGACAUGGGGGGGCGAAGCAGAUCGCGACAGGCUUCCGGUCGAUGCCCCCCCAGAUCACGGCGGCGCAGGCGGCGCCGGGCAGCGCGGAGAACGACGGGGUCCAGGUCAGAGCGCAAGGAAGAGGGCGCGAGUUGGGCCCCCCGCGCAUCCGCGCCUCCAUCGCGCUCCCGCAAGCGCUGAUCAAUAUGGCGCAAACAUUGGCGGCGAAGGAGGGGUCCAGGCCGGGCGCGGAUUGGGGCUGGGCGCAGACAAUCAUUAUGGAGUGGCUCAGGCAGGUCCAGCCUGCCCACCGGCAGGUCGCGGGCCUCGAGACCAUCGCGAUCCCGCGCCCAGGCGAGGUCGCGCAAAAAAGCAUCCAACGCUGCGAAAGGAUGGCGAACAACGCGGGCACGAUAAUAAACGCGAUGACGGCGCUGACCAGGCCGCUGGCGCAGAGCACAGCCUACAGCGCGGGCGCCUGCAACUCCAGCGGAAUCACGGACGCUCACAGGGUUUGGUUCUCCAUGGUGGAGUCGGCGAGGGCCCGGAUCUUGUGGGCGGAGGAGAUGGAGAGCGAAGCGCAGUGCAGCACCAAGCGGCGCCCGCAGCGGACAACGCACAGCAUGGAGCGCGUCGACCAGAUCAGGUGCAACACCGACAAGAUCAGGGGGGGGGGCCGGCGCGCGCUGGAGAGCGCUGAGAUGAACGUCGGGAAGGCGGGGGCAGUCUUGGCUUCCAUAUCGACCGAUGUCGGCACAUGGUUGCUGAAGGUGAUGGCUCGCAAGUGCAGGCUCAUACCCAGCCUGGGCAGACCAGCGGGCGGAGGCGACGAGCCGCCGAGCAGCGAGACGCGCGAAGGCGCGCAAUGCGACGAGUCGGCGUCGAGUCGCAAACUGAAGAGCGACGAGAGCGGGCAGAAGGUGACCGCGCAGCUACCGCGGCGGGAUGCCGAUGACAAGCUGACGUGGACCCCGCGCAGAUGGGAUAUUCAGCGCCCCGAGCUGUGGAUCGACUGCGACGAGAUUCAAAAGGACAAGAUCGAGGAGCACAAGCUGGAGCUGGAGAAAGAAGGCAUCGAACUGCUCGCCGCGAGAAGCCUUCAGCCCCCAGAGCGCCCGCCGAGCCCCAAGACGAGGCACGGCGGCCGCGUCUUCUUCCCCGACUUCUGGCGCGCCUUCGCCUCCGCGGCCCUCGCGGUGGCCGGGCCGCAGGCCUGCCAGGGCGGGGCGGAGCUCGGGGGCAAAGAGUGGGGCGGGCUGGCCGCGGAGCUGGAGGCCCUGCGCGACGAGCUCUGGUCGCCUUCGCGGGUCGACCAGGGCGUGGCCAUCGCCUCCGUGGUCCGGCUCGUGAGCGCAGCGUCGGCCGCCUCCAAGCUGCCCGCGUUCUGUGGGCCCAUCAUCGUCGUCGGCGUGCCCGGCGGCGGGGAGUCGGAGCUGGACGGGCCCGGCCUCAGCCGCCUGCUGCUGGACUGGGUGUGCUGCGCCGCGGCGUGGUACCCGGCGCAGGGGAGCGUGGCCCCUGCUGGGGCGGCGCCCGCGGCGGACGAGGCGCCCGCCGCGGCCGUGCCGGCACCGGCGAGGACGCUCGUCGCGGGAGGCGGCGGGGAGGGGCCGCCCGUGCUGCUGAACGUCUACGACGUGUCCCACGCGGACGCCGUGCGAUGGCUCAACUCGCUGCUGGCGGGCUCGGCGCUCAAGCUCGGGGGGGCCUUCCACGCGGCGGUGGAGGUGCAGGGUCUGGAGUGGUCCUUCGGCCGAACCUUCCGCGACACGUUGCCCGGCGUGUCGUGCCAGCUGCCGCGCUCGGACCCCCAGCACACGUUCCGGGAGUCCGUCCUGCUGGGGUACACACGCCUGACGACGGAUAGGAUCGCGGGUCUGAUGGCGGACCUGGUCGAAGAGUACCCUGGAAGCGGGUACGACCUGCUCCACCGCAAUUGCUGCACCUUCGCAGAGGACUUCUCGCGGCGCCUCGGGGUCGGCCCCAUCCAGGAGGCCCACGUCACGCCCACGCGGUCCAGUCCCCCGAGCCUCCCUGUCAACUGGGGGGGUCGC